GAGAAUAAAACAGAGAGUAAGCCAGAGUUUAAGAAGAUCGAAAUGUUCUUCAAGCCCACCUUUGACGAGGAAGAGAAAAAACCUCGUUUAUUGAGUCUCGAACCAGAUGAAAAAAUCGUCAAAAAAUAUUCUCGAGGUUCAGAGAAAAUCAAGAAAAAGAAUAUUGAAACAUCAUUUUUCAAAAGAAAAAUAUCAAGACAAGAAGAGAAGUAUGAAUUUGCAGUUAAACAAGCCGCACGUGCAGCGAUAUUGAUGCAUGAAGAUGAAGGCUAUCUGAUUCCGGAUGAAGGCGAAGACACAACAGAAUUUACACAAGAUGAUAUCAAACAAAAUGUUGAUAUUACUUCAGCUUCAAAAAUCUUCAAAUUGAAUCUCGACCAAUUUGGCCCAUAUAAAAUAAACUACACAAGAAAUGGAAGACAUUUGUUGUUAGGGGGUAAAAGAGGUCAUAUCGCUGCAUUCGAUUGGAUAACAAAGAAACUUAACUGCGAAUUCAGUGUGAUGGAAGAGAUUUACGACGUUAAAUGGCUUCAUCUUGAAACUCUUUUUGCGGUAGCUCAAAAGAAGUGGGUUCACUUUUACGACAAUAAAGGAACAGAAAUUCAUUGCGUUAAAAGAAUGCAUAAUGUAAAUCAACUAGAAUUUCUUCCUUAUCAUUUUUUACUGGCAAGUGGAAGCAGCGAUGGUUGGCUUAAAUGGCUCGAUGUAUCAAUUGGUGAAAUUGUUUCUGAAUUUCAUGCACUUGAUGGUAAGAUCACAAUGAUGAAACAGAAUCCAUCGAAUGCUGUGAUAUGCAUUGGUGGAGCUAAAGGAGUUGUGUCUAUGUGGUCACCGUCAGUUAAAGAGCCAUUAGCAAGUAUUCUUUGUCAUCCCACACCAAUCACAGCUCUCGGUUUCAAUCCUUCAGGUGAUAAAAUGGUAACAACUGGUAUAGAUAGAAAGAUAAAAUUAUGGGACACGAGAACAUUCAAAGAACCAUUAACAACGUACAUGACAAGAACACCAGUAAGCCAUGUUUCUCUGUCACAAAAAGAUACGUUAGCUGUCACAAUGGGAAAUAUUUGUGAAAUUUUUAGAAAUAAGCAUGUAGAAAACACUAAUUCAAUGUAUUCGUAUCUUCGUAAUGUUGAGAGUGGAAGCAUUAAUAGUGUUGAGUUUGUACCAUAUGAAGAUGUCGUAGGACUUGGCACAAGUAACGGCUUUUCCUCGAUUCUUGUACCUGGAAGUGGCGAAGCAAAUUUUGAUGCUCUUGAACAGAAUCCGUUCAGAACAAAGAAUCAGAGAAGAGAGCAUGAAGUUAAAGCAUUACUUGAAAAGAUUCCUGCUGAUCUCAUUUCACUUGAUGCUACACAAAUUGUCGGUGUAGAUAUCGCUCGUUUGGAGCAGAAACUUGAAGCAAAAUCGGAAAUCAAUAUUCCUAUGGCUGAACUCAAAGACAAAAAGAGGAAGUCAGGCAUUCAGAAAUUCAAAACUAAACAAAUUCACAUGGAACAAAGGAAACAACAUUUGCUUAAAUUUACGAGAAUUGAAAGACUUCAGGAGAUGAAGAGUCACAAAAGAUCAGAGGAAAAAGAAGACGAACAUGUUUUAGAUCGUUUUAAGAAAAGAUUCAAGAAAUAAUUCAUAUUUUUUAUAUGUAUAUAAUUAAGAUAUAUUUAAAUAUAAUAAAUUUAUAUUGAUCCUGUGUAAUAUUCGAGUUCUAAAUCAUACAGAUCAACCGCCAUUUCGUCCCUUAGGUUCAUAAGUUUAUGAUCCCUAUCUUGUUGUGUCGCUCGAUAAAGUGAACUACUGCUUGAAAUAGCAUCAUUUACUGAGUGGAAAUCAUUUAAGACCAGGAAUUGUUUGAUGUCUGAAACGAGCUUCAAAAGGCUUUCACCGGCUCGUACAAUAUUAGCAGCUCUCACUUGCAUUUCAUAUGCAUCUUGUUCACAUUGAGUUAAUUUUGAUAAUUGGCUUCCUUCAUUUUCUCCCUUUGCCAUUUUUAUGAUUU